AUGAGGCAUAAAGGCUGCGUUUUUUUUACUCUUAUAAAAAGUGGCUUCGAGGUUUUAAUAAAACUUAAAAUUACAGGUUUCCUUUACCUAAAAAACGCUUAUUCAUAUGUUCUUCUCCAAAAUCGUCAAGAAAAUGACAAUCUAUCCAAUGGCGAAGUUAGAAAAAAUCAGAAUCCAACUGAUGUCAACAAGUACAGCAAGUCUGGCCGUAGACAAUUCGAUGAUGAAACAAACUCUUUGGAGAGCGUCGUGCUGGCCAUAGACAGUGGAGUGAAACAGCUGAUUUCGGGACAAUCGCAACCGGAUAUAAUUGAUAAUAUCGCAAAAUCCAUCGUUGAUUUUGCUAAAUAUAGCGCGGAUCCUAUUUAUAGGUCCAAAGGGCAGGAAUAUAAUAUUAAACCAGAAAUCAUUCACUUCAGGAGCAACAAACCGUCAGUUAUGUUCGAAAUUAACUCGAAAUCCAUAAUCAAUGUGCUUCGAGACAUGUUGCAGUCUAAAACGGUUCAUAAGUACAUGGACAAGUUCAGCAAAGAGGCCGCUAUAAUAUACAGGACCUUGCGGCGUGAGCUGGAGAAGCCGCGUGAACGUCAUAGUGAACGUAAUUAUUAGCAAGGAAACAUAAAAUUUUUAUGUUAAUACAGUUUUUGGAAUGGGUUUAGUUUUUAAUUUAUUAUCGCGGCUUUUUUCGUCUUGUUGUUCUUUCGUUUCGUCUACAGGUUGUACUUAAAAAGCAUUAGAAUUCUGUAAAUAAUUUGGAUAAAAAUAGCCUUGAUGAUAAUUCAGGGUGUCAGCUACCACCAUUCUAACAUUCAUCGAAAUCGAUCUAGCCGUUUGUGCGUGAAAAGGUAACAAAUACACACUUGAUUCAGAUAUAUUGCCCAAUAGCUUUGACUUACUCAAAAAUGUAAAAAUGAUACAGAAUA